UUGGUUCAGUGUUCCCUGAACCGAGUGUCUCUCAUCCCCGCCAUGUCGCUGGCACAGUGUAAACAAUCCUAGUCUGCUGUGUGCGGGAACUCUCUGUUUAUACCACUACACCUUCAUGCCAGAGUACACAACGAAUUGCAUGGCUCUUCAACAGAUAUGAUGGGCUGGUGUCUGCACUAGUUUACUGUGCCGUACAUUUGAGCAUUGUAAGAUAUAAUAAUGGAGUUUUUCAAUAUGGAGGAGGAUCCAGAUGGCUGCAGCCAACAGGUGGCAGUUAUAAUGACUGGGCAGGUGUACCGUGAAGCUGGGUUGAAACACAGCAAGCAUCCUGUGGUGGAGGGACAGCUGUAUGACAAACUAUGCCAGAUUGGUAAACACAAACUGAGGGAUGAUGUCCGAAAAAUGGCACUAAGUAUUGCACUUUCAGUGUCAGACAAAGAGUUUCAACCAACAGUAGCUUGGCUAGACAACUUUAUGCGACGUUUUUGCCUAUCAAAGAAAAAAAUGGGUUUUCACAGCUCAGCCAUGUUGAAACAAAAGGGUUCCAAGAAGCCAGAAGUGCUAGGUCCACCACCAUCUAGUAUGAGCGGUCUAACACAGGAGGACGUGUUCAAUGCCCUCGGAAUAAAUGUAGAUCGUGGUAAUGUUACUAAUGAAGAAGGAACCAUGGAUGAGAACUCAGCCUUAAUGGAAAAUGGAAAGUCUGCCGAGGAAAUUGCCAAUGGACAGAACAGCUUUGUUGAAGUGAAUGGGGAAAAAUCAACAGAUACUAAUCUCCAAAAGGAAGAUAAUGAACCUACAGCUAAAAUUGAUGAAAACAACACUAAAGACACUACAAAAGAUGCAGAAAAAACCAGUGCGAUUGUGAAUGACAAAAUAGGCCGCCUGAGAGUUACAGACAUUGCUUUAUUAAGUUAUAGUACAGAACAGACUAGUGAAAAACCAAUCAACCUAGACAGUACAAGUGAAAAUGAAAUAGAAAUUUAUGAAUACGUGAAAGGUGAUAACUCAUUUACGACUGAUUCUGCGAAUAAGACGACUAGCAGUUCACAUUCAGAAAAGAAUGAGGAAAUGGGGAAUAAAAAUCAAAUAUUGCCAGAUGACAAACAAGGAAAUGAAGAAGACAUGGAUUGUAGCAUUGUUAAUGAAAUAGUAAAGGAAAAUGAGAUAGAAUUAAAAGAGGAAGAAAAUGAAACAAAAAAUAAAGAAAAUGAGAAAGAAUCGGUGGAAGAAGGAAAUAAAAAAGACCCGUUAAAAGAGUCUGAAAAUGAGAUAGAAUCAAGGGAGGAAAAAGAGGGAAAAGAUUGUGAAAAUGAGAAAGAAUCGGUGGAGGAAAGAAAGGCAAAAAAUUCAAAAGAUAUGAAAAAUGAGAUAGAACUAAUGGAGGAGGGAGAGGAAGAAAAAGAACCGGAUUCCUCAAAUGACACUGAAAAUGAAGAGACUACUUCCGUCACAGAAGGAAAUGAUGAGUCCACCCAAAGUAGUGAUGGCAAAUCAGAAGAUGAGAAUGACAUUGAACAAGAUGGAGAUGAAAAACAAAAGGAUGAGGGUGACAAGAAAACAUUAAGACAGCAGGAGGAUGAAAAAGUAAACUAUUCAAAGGAAGAGAACAAAUAUUAUCACAAGCAAAAAGAUGAACUUAAUAAACGGCUCAGUGGAUCAGUAGUGCGAUGCACAUCUUGCAAUGAACAAGUUAACCAUCAGAUAAGGUCAUUGGUCCACACACACCCAGUUCUUGGAGUCUUCAUUUGCAAGAGAUGCCGGAAGUACUACGGCAAAGGCAGAUACUGCAAGGAUGAGGAAGGUUAUGACGAGUACUGCCGCUUGUGUGCAGAGGGAGGUGAUCUUCUGUGUUGUGAACAAGAAGGUUGCUUCAAUGGUUUUUGUAAGCGUUGUGUGAAACGGACCAUGGGUCGAUCUGAGUUAAAAAAAGUAGAAUCCACAGAAAAUUGGGCAUGCUAUGUGUGUGAUCCAUCACCUAUGACAGAACUACGAGCCCUUCACCGUACCAUCCUGAGCAACCUUACGAAAUCAGAAGAAGAUGAUGCUAAUAUGUCCAGAAAGGAACUGAGGACUCACAAGCUGAAGAUUAAAUUUGACUUGUUAAAGCGAACACGAUUGGAAAGAAGCUUUAAGGAAGAACCUCAAGAAAAAUCAAAGACACCUAAGAAGAAAGCGGUAAAAAAAGUAAAAACUGAACCAGUUGCUUCUCAUAGCAAGCUAAUGGAAGUCAUUGAUAACAUGUCUGAGAUGUUGUCUUUAUGUCUUAAUAAUGUUAAGACUAUCAAGGGGAGAUGGCAAAAAGGACAAUAUUCCGAAGAAGCGACAGAAAAAACUGGAAAGCGUAUUUUAAAGCAGUUAAAUGCCUUGCGUUCAAACUUUGAAUUGAUGGAAAAUGAAGUGAAUGAUCAUCUUGAUAAGGUUCCUCAAGGAGACUGUCAAAAUGAUGAGUCUGCUGGGAAGGAUAAUGAACAAGCUGGUGGCAGUAAUACAGAAAAUACAUCUGCUAAGGAUUUAGUUGCAGAAAGUGUCAAAAAGACUGGGAAGGGGAAAAAGAAAGUACCUAAGGAGAGUGAUGAUGAAAAGCUUAAAGGAAAGGAAGAUAACAAGAAGAGGGAAAAUCGUAGGAGUAAUAGAAAACAGAAAAAGAAUGUAGAGAGUGAUAAUGACAGCCAAAUUCAAGAUGAUGAAAAUGACAACAGUGAUGAAAAUGCAGAAAAUGUCAAGAAUUCCAAAAGUGAACAAGCAAAGAGUAAAGAAAAACCAAAAGAAAGCAACGAAGAGCUGAUGGAUAUGGCUGAAGUCCCUAAUACUAAUGUUGAUCUUUUUAGGUCUGACGAUGAACAUUCUCUUCCAGAUCUUCAAGAUGCAAUUGAUGACAUAUUAAGUGAUGGAAACAGUGAUAUUGAUGGUGCUCUAGAAGAUGGGAUAGAUGGUGGAGUAGAUUUUGAUGAUAUAGUUGGAAUUAAAAAAGAAAAUACUGAGAAAAGCACAAAAUCCAACAAAAACACAGAGAAAGAAGAUGAUGAUGACGAGAAAUCAGAGAGAAAACAAAAACUAAGAUUAAAAAGUCGGGGCGAUGGAGCCUCUAAUCAGGAGGGCAAUUUGGCGACAGAAGACAACGAGGAUGAUGACUCGUCUCGAUUGUCCAAAAACACUACAUCAGAGUGUGUGGAUAGCGAUGAUGAACCGAAAAAGACAAGAACUUCAUUGAGAUUGCAAAAAGUCAAGGACAAACCCAAAGAUGACGAAGGAGGUGAUGUGGAAACAGAGGAAGAGGAACUUAAUAGGAAAUCUAGUAGAAGAGGUUAUAGGAGAUCCAACAGGAGAAAAACUGCUAAAAGUAAUAAAGCUGAGAGUGAGGAAGAGGAGGAGGAGAAGACCAGCAAGGACAGAAAGAAGUCUAUCAAAAAGAAAAAUCGAGAAGGUGAGGAGAGUGAAGGUGAUGUGGAAACAGAGGAAGAAGAACUUAAUAGGAAAUAUGGUAGAAGAGGUUUUAGGAGAUCCAACAGGAAAAAAUGUGCUAAAAGUGAUAAAGCUGAGAGUGAGGAAGAUGAGGAGGAGGAGGAGGAGGAGGAGGAGGUGACCAGCAAGGAUAGAAAGAAGUCUAUUAGGAAGAAAAAUCUGGAGGGUGAAGAGAGUGAAGAUGAGAGGAAGUCUAGGAAAGGGAAAGCAAAAGCCAAAAGUAACAGGAAUGAUGAUGAUGGUGUUGGUAGUGAUGAUGGUGGUGGUGAUGGUAAUGAUGAUGAUGAUGGUGGUGGUGGUGGUGGUGAUGAUGAUGAUGAUGCUGGAAAUAGUGAUAUUGAUAAGAAAACAAAGAAAGAGUCAAAGAAAGAUGUUAAGAAAAUAAAGAAAGAACUUAAAGACGGAGAAGAAGAUGGUGAUGAUGAAAAUAAGAAAGUACAGAAAGAAUCAAAGGAAGAGGAUGAUAAGAAGAAAAUUAAGCAAGAGCCAAGUAAAGUGGAUGAUAAGAAGAAAAUUAAGCAAGAACCAGAGGAAGUUAAUGAUAAAAAAAUUAAGCAAGACCCAGAGGAAGUUAAUGGUGAUGAUGUCGAGGGAGAUGAUGAACAUGAAGGUGAUGAUAUGGAAAAUAAAGAUAAUCAAGAAAAGGAGGAGGAUGAUGAUGAUGAGGAGGAGGAGGAAGAAGAAGAAGAAGAAGAAGAAGAAGAAAAAGAAGAAGAAAAAGAAGAAGAAAAAGAAGGUGAACUUGGCAGGAAAGGCAAGAAAAAAGAUGAAGAGAAAGAUGAGAAGCUGAGAAAGAGAAGAAGACAAGAGAAAGAAGAGAACAAAAAAAGGAAAGUAAAAGAAAAUGGGAAAAAUAAAAAGCGAAGAAAUAAGAAGGAAGAUGAUGAGGGAGAAGGCAAAAGGAAGAGAAAACGUAGAGAUGUAAAGAAAGAAGUAGAGGAUGAGGAUGAUGACUCUCAGGACAGGAAGAAAACAGAUAGAAGACGAAGCAGAAGAAGAAAAAAAGACGAGGAUGAAGAUGAAGAUGACAUUAUGUUGGGACUUGUUGAGGAGAGUUCAGAAACGUCAAUGGAAGAAAACACCGAUGAAGAAAUUAGAAGGCGGCAAGAAGACAGGGAACCCAUGAAAAAGAAAAAGAAACGUUCACCAAAAAAGUCUUCUGCAGGUUCAGGAGAGGAGGAGGAGGAGGAGACAAAGAAGAAGAAAAAGAAUGCAAGUAAGGACAGUGAUGAGGGGAGUGACAAAGAAGAUGGUAAAGAUGAUGAGGAGAAUAAGGAAAGUUCUUCAGAGGAGCAGACUAAAGACAAGCUCAAGAAGGUAAGCAAAAUUAAAAGAGAAAAAGAAGAGGGUGAUGAAAUGAACUUGGAAAAUGAGAAAGCAUUAUCCACAUUGUUGGCAACUGACACUGAUGAAGAAGGGAAAGACAAGUCAGGGGUAGAGAAAGAUGACAACACAGGAAGUAAGAAGAGUGUUACUGAAACCAAUGAUGGUGAGAACUCUGAGGAAAAUGUUUCAGAAAAGAAGAAAAAGGAGAAAAAUGCGAGCGAAUCUUCAGCAUCUGAAACUGAAAAGAAAGAGAACAAAUUAAAGAAAUCCGAAGAUAUUAAAUCACCUGUGAAGACAGACAACCAGAAGGCAAAAGCCGCCCUACUUGAGAGUGAAAGUGAAGAUGAUCUCGAGGAUAAACCUAAACCACGAUGUAAGAAGAAAAACUUUAGAAAGAAAAAGUCUUCCAGUGAUAAUGACGGAGAAACAAACAGGCAACGCAUUAGAAGGAUUAGGAGGGCACUUACCGAGGAAGAACAAGAAGAAUUGAAAGUAAAACAGCUUGAAAGUAAGUGCCAGGUUGACAUGAAGGAUAUUACUCCACUCGUAAAAGAAAAACUCGAGGAAGAUGAUUAUAUUGAUGUGCUGGACUUCCCAGAAUUGUACUCCCCUAACAGACAAAUGUUAGACAGUGAUGAUUGUGAUGCAGAUGAAGAAGAAUCCGACAAGGAAUUCUCAAAAUUAAUGAAAUUUAAGAUGAACAAAAUACCAAAACCUGCUCCCAAAAGCAAGAAGAAGGCAGUAGAACCUGAUACUGAAGAGGAAGAAGAGGAUAAGGAGGAGGACAAGAAGGAAGACAAGGGUGAAGGAGAGGUUGAAGGAGAGGGUGAAGGAGAGGGUGAGAAGAAAUCUAGUACAAAGGUGAAUAAAGAAGGUGACAAAAAGAAAAAGGAAGGCUUAUUAGAUAUUAGUAUAGAUAAAGAGGAUGAUGAUGAUGAGGAGGAGGAAGAAGAAGAAGAAGACGACAAAAAGAAAAAGAAGAGUAAGAAGGAAGGAGGUAUGUCACUGAAUGAAAAGAUGAAGAAGCAGAUCCUCAUGAGCAGUGACGAGGAGGGGGAGGAUGAUGAUGAUGAAGAUGAUGAAGAUAAGCCAAAAAAUGAUGCAGAGGAGGAGGAAAAGGAGAGAAAGAAAUAUGAAGAGAAAAAGAAGAGGAAAGAAGAAGAGAAGAACAAACGAGGAAGUGGGGAAGAGUCUGGUGGUGAGAAUGUUCCAAAGGUGUAUAAGGGAUAUAUGAAUUUGAAUAUAUCAUCUGAUGAAGAUAAAGGAAGUGAUUAUGAGGAUGAUGAAGAGGAGGAAGAGGAAGAGGAAGAUGAUGACGAUGACAGUGACUUUGAGGAAUCGCCCAGAAAGAAGAGAGCAUUCCAGAUAUCUUCUUCAGACAGUGAAGGUGACGGUAAGAAGAAGAGAAAGAAGGCGACCACAACAGAAUCAGAUAGUGAGGAAGAUGAGGAUGAUAAACCAAAAUCCAAAAGAAAACGUAUAAAGAAAAUGACUUCAUCUUCAGAUGAAAGUGGUGAUGAAGAAAAUAAAGAGGAUUCACCAAGCAAGCAUAAAAAGAUUCGUCGGGUAAUACGAGAUGAAGACCUACUGGAGACCACCAAGAAUGCCACACAGGAAGAAGAAGAGCGUCGAAAACGUAUAUCAGAGCGUCAGAAACGGUAUAACCAGAUCUUUGAGGUUGAUGUGGAAUCUGACCAGAAGGAUUUGGGUAAAUUAGUCCUCGACUUUGACCCAGAAACUAAGUCUGAGCUUGUUUCUGUUCAUGAGAAACUUGUUAAAUUUUUGAAACCUCACCAGUUCAAAGGAAUAACGUUUAUGUGGAAUGCAACUGUGGAGAGUGUGGAGAUGAUGAACAGUAAGCCUGGUAGUGGCUGUAUCCUUGCCCAUUGUAUGGGUCUAGGUAAAACUCUGCAGGUAAUUGCCUUCGUCCACACCUUGAUGACUAAUAAGAAGACUGCAAGGCAUGUAUCAAAAGUUAUGGUCUGCUGCCCGGUCAAUACUGUUUACAACUGGGUUAGUGAAUUCACCAACUGGCUCAAAGGGAAGAUGUUGCCUUUUGACGUUGUGGAACUUGCUUCAGCCAAAGAUUUGUGGGGUAGAGCUUAUCGGCUUGAUGACUGGUGGCGGGAAGGAGGUGUUUGUAUUAUAGGCUAUGACAUGUUCCGUAACCUCUCAAACAGCAAGUCCAAGAGAUAUAAAGGCAAAAUGAAAGAGAUCUUCCAAAGGACACUAAUAAAUCCUGGUCCAGAUCUUAUGGUUUGUGAUGAAGGUCACAUAUUGAAGAAUGAGAAGACUGCUCUGUCUAUAGCAAUCAAUCAGAUUAACACUAAAAGACGUAUUGUGCUUACUGGUACUCCUCUCCAAAAUAAUCUUAAGGAAUAUCACUGUAUGAUUCAGUUUGUUAAACCAAAUCUGCUUGGCACAAAGAAGGAGUUCAUGAACCGGUUUGUUAAUCCCAUUGAGCAAGGCCAGUGUGUUGAUGCAAUGCCUAGAGAUGUCCGGAGAAUGAAGAGGAGAGCUCAUAUUCUUCAUAACAUGUUAGAGGGGUGUGUGCAGCGAUUUGACUACACAGUAUUGAAGCCUUUCCUGCCUCCCAAGUUAGAGUUUGUUGUGUCUGUGCAGUUGUCAGAUAUCCAGCGUCAAUUGUACCAGUAUUACCUUGAUAACCUGGCCCAGGGUGGUCCUAAACGUCAAGGGUCGGGUCUGUUUGUGGACUUUGGUGCUCUCUCUCGAGUAUGGACUCACCCUAAGGUUCUGGAAUUGGCAGUCAGAAGAUCAUUGUUUCAGGAUGAUGAAGAGGAUAUGGAUGAUUUCAUCUGUGACGACACAUCAACUUCGGAAUCCUCAGAUGAUGAAAGAUCACGAAAGAAAAAGAAGAAAGGCAAGAAAAAGAAAGAAGAAGAAUCUGAGAUAGAGGAAGAAGUGGUUGAAGGAGAGACAGAAAUACCUGGUCCCAUCCAUGGAUUGACUGAAAGUGGUAAAGUCAAAGUUGAUUGGUGGAAGAAGGUGCUGGAGGACAUUAUUGGUGAUGAUUUUGAUGAUGAAUUUUUUGACAAACUGGAACACAGUGGUAAACUUGUACUGCUGCUAGAUAUCGUACGAGAAUGUACUUCUAUUGGUGAUAAAGUAUUAGUUUUCAGUCAGAGUCUGUUGGCUCUGGAUAUGAUUGAGGACUUCCUGCAGUUGAUAGAUGAAGGGGAAUUAGAGUUACCACAACCCGAAGAUCCUCUGCCUCUUCCGUUCAAGCAGUGGAAAAAAGAACGUGAUUACCUACGUCUUGAUGGCUCCUCUGCACCUGACGCGAGAAAAAAUAUGUGCAAAUUCUUCAACAGCUCCACCAAUGAGAGAUGUCGACUCUUCCUUAUCUCAACACGAGCUGGAGGUCUCGGCAUCAAUCUGGUUGCUGCAAACAGAGUGAUCAUCUUCGACUCCUCCUGGAACCCAUCCCAUGACACUCAAUCCAUUUUCAGAGUCUACCGUUUUGGACAGAAAAAGCCAUGUUACGUUUACCGUUUUGUUGCACAGGGGACCAUGGAGGAGAAAAUCUACUCUCGACAAGUAACAAAAAUGUCAACAGCCUUACGAGUUGUGGAUGAACAUCAGAUCAAGCGCUAUUUUAAAAUGGAUGAAUUAGCGCAGCUGUAUGAGUUUACUCCGUCUGCCAUCACCGAGCGUGAAACUCCUAUUGUCCCAGAGGAUCGGCUAUUGGCGGAAUUGCUAAAACGCCAGAAAGAUUGGAUAGUUAAUUAUCACGAGCACGACUCACUUUUGGAAAACCAAACAAGUGAAGAACUCAGUGAAGAAGAACGAAAAGCAGCAUGGGAUGACUAUGAAAAUGAAAAGAAGGGCUUCUUGGUGCAGCAGCAAAGAAACAGUGUGAUGCCUGUGGUGGGUAAUGCAGCCAUGAUGACCAAUCCUAAUUUGCCAUCACUCUCUCUCUCAUCAUUUAGUUUUGAAGGUGUUGUUAACACAAUUAAAGCUCAGAACCCCAACUUAACACAGCAGGAGAUGUGUGAGAGUGUAGUAUUAGCAACAAAACAGAUUCAGAAGAUACAUCUCAACCACUACCAACGUGUUCAAAGCAUGGUGUACAAUCUGAAGAACCCAAUGAUAGCACCAGAGCAGAGGAAACUCUUACCAUUUGGGAAUCAUCCAGAGAUGCUUCCUAUGUUAGAACAGCAAUUGAGAAUGCUGGAAGAAAACAUCCAACGAGAAAACCAAGUCAUUAACCACAUGACACAAAUCACUCCACAGAGAGACCAGGUGUCCAUGGCCAAUUUGAUGUCUGCAGGACUGAUUCGUGGUCAGCCAGCCAGUACAGGGGUUACUUCAGCCACAGCUAAUUAUGUUGGAAGACCAAGCAAUGCUGGAACCUCCACAAUGAGACCGCUUCAGCAAAACCCCCCUGAACAGAAUCCGGGAUCAAAUGAUGUGAUCAUGCUUGACUGAGGUGCAUAUUUCUAGGUCUCACUGUGUUAUUGUGUUCCUGAGUGUGUACAAAGGAAAAUGUUGGUUUUAGGGAAUCUCAGAUUUUCAACAGUGAUAUUUCAUGCUCGUUGUAAUCUUUGUUUUUACUCUUUUCAAAUUGUAAUUGGCAUGAUGGUAUGUAAGAAGCUUUGUCAUUUCCAUAUUUCUCAAUUUCCAAAUUUAAAUUUAUAAUUUCCUGCUCUUGGAUUCCUUAUUCCUGUUCAUCACCUUGUUUAAACUUGGUGAGAUAACCCCUCAUCCUUUCCUCACAUUCUUGUUUUUUUAGUGCAAGCAUAUGGCAAGUGCUUCAUAUAUGUGAGAGCCAGCUAGUGUAAGCAUGUGGCAACUACUUCACUUUUAUGAAAACCAGAGUGUGAGUACCGUAUAUAGCAACUGCUUCACCUACGUGAGACCCAUUUAGUGAAGCACAUGGCAACUGCUUCAUUUAUGUGAGCCAGACCAAUUUAGUUAAUCUUUAGCAAGUGCUUUGAGCAUUGAUAUUGAAUGUGAAGCAUUUACAUGAAUGGAAAUAGGCAGUGACCAGAAUGUUUGAGGGGAAUGCGUCAGGUGUUGCCCCUUUGUCACCCUAUGAGGAAUGUGGGGAAAGGUGUAGAUGAGGAUACUGGUGAAGAAAUAGCAGCAUACUGUACAUACAUUUUUUGAGUACAGCACAUUUUAAAGAAUAUCUUGGGAUACUGUUCUUCAAAUUUUUACCAUAGCAUUACUAUGAAGUUUGAUUCUAGUAAUAAUGUUUUGAUAUGAGUAUAUUUUCAUUCUUAUGAUUUGUUCCUCGGUUUGAAAACUUGCUGUUGAUGGAUGAAAUAUCUGCCCUGGGGUUUUUUUUUUUGUGAAGGCACAGCAAGAAUAAAUCUGGUAAGUUAUUAAUACAAAAUUGUAAUAUGGUUAACCAUUUCCUAAAGUUGUUUUACUGUCAUAUUCACUAAGAAAAUUACAGUAUAUUUUUUUAAUUCUUUUAUAAUUUAUAUGUGGGACUGAAGUUUCCAUUUUGAUUAAUAUAUUGCACAAGUAAACAGGAUGCUUUUGAGGUAGAAUCUUGAAACGAGAUAUUUAAAGUACUGUAAUACUGUAGUAAAAUGUGAACAUUUCAUUUUAUUUUUCGUUUUAACUUCUAAAAGGAGAAUACAUAAAAUGAUUGGAGCUCACCAUAUAAUAUGUUCAUAGUAUUUGAGCCAUUCUUGCAAGUACAUGAUCAUUUAUUUUCGUUUUGUAGAAUCCAAAAUAUAAUUUGGUCUAUAAAACACAAGGAAAGACAUUAUUGACAUUUAAUUAGUACAUGAUUUACAAGGUAUAAUUAUCAGAACUAGAAGGAAAACUCUAUCGUGUAAUUAAUACUGAAUGUUUUACCGUCAUAAUAACCAGACUGGCCCAUGUUCUUAACUCUCUCUAAGCUCUGAUAUUUUGCCCACUGUUCCAUUAAUUAACCUAACUGGUGAAAGUCCUCAUAGUUCUGUUGCAGAUAUAGGAGGCAUUUACUUGGGCUUAAACUCUAAUGGUGUCCUGGUUUGGAGACUAAGAAUUCCUCCAUUAUAUCUUCCAUUAGAAUCUUACCAGUGAGGUAUUUAUAAGCUAGUCUUACCUUUUCAAUAAUGUUGGGGUUGUAUUUUGAUUCCGAUUUUUAGUUUUUUUAUCUUAGUUUACCAAAAAUAAAUCUUUAUUUUUAAAUCAGUUGUGAAAAUAUGGUAAAGUACAAAAUACAUUACCACUUUGAUAAUGAAAAUAAUUAAAUCCUUUGGAAAAUAUUGCCCCAACAGGAUAGUUCACAUAUGGAUGGGUUUAAUUACAAGAGCUUACAUACGAGGGUUCUGAAACAUUAUCAUGUAUCAUAAACCCAAUAUCAUUUAAUACUUGUAGACCAUUAAAUGCAUGUUUAGAGGAUUAGAAAUUGAUAGGUAUACCAAAAUUGGAUAUGGUGUAGAGUGGCUAUUUAUUUUCCUAACUUGGGAUAACCUGUCUUGGAAUUUGUAGCAUUCCUGAUGGUAUAUAAAUGUAAUGAUGAUUACAAUAAUAAAUGUACUUCUUUAGUA